CUGCCGCAUGUCUCGUCCUGACAAUCUACCGCCGAGCGCACGCGCGAUCGCGUUACUUCUUUCCUCGACCCCAUCUAUACAAGAUGUCCAGCCUGCUGUUAUCCACCAGCUUUUGGACUUCGCGCACCGAUAUACUGCGAAUGUUCUGACUGAUGCAAAUGUCUAUGCCGAAUACGCUGGUCGUGCGAAUAAGAUCGAAAUGGACGACGUCGUAUUGGCAGUACAAGCCCGUGUGGGUUGGGAAUUCGGCGGCAGAGUUCCCAAAGAGUACAUCCUCUCCCUCGCGGCGGACGUGAAUGCUGUGCCCCUCCCCGCUGUACCGGAAGUCUUUGGAGUUCGCAUGCCUCCUGCCUCCGAAUGCUUGACCUCAAUCGACUUCGACUUGAUUCCAAACAAGCCACCGCCAGACGUCAAACUCUAUGACGAGGAGGUGGAGGAGAUCGAGGAGGAGGACGAGUAUGAUGAGCCCUCAGAUGUCGAGAUGGAGCAAAGCCCUCCAAUUCCACCACCGGCAUUUACUCCAGCUCGACCAGCUCCCAGCACACAGUAUACCGAGCCGGCCCAGGAAUACGACGACACGCCUUUCCCCAUAUCCGCCAUUGACACAUCAGUGGAUUUGAGGAUUGGGUCUCAGCCUGCUGCUGGCGAAGGGAGUGAAGCUGGGGACGGCGAGGAUGGAUUGUUCUCUGGUGGAGAAGAGGAGGAGGAAGAGGAGGGCGACGCUAUGGAGGAAAUCCAAACCAGUCUCAGCCAGACAAACGGAACAAAACGAAAACUGGAAGAGGACGACGAUUAUGAUUGA